AUGUGUAGAUAUUUAGUUAUUUUCUUGUGUGUCAGAUUUGGUUCGGUGCUUGUCUCAAGGGCGAUUAGGGCUGCUCAUUGUUUAACUUCUAUCCAGUUCUCACCUACCUCUGAACACAUAUUGCUUGCUUACGGUCGACGUCAUGGUUCUCUUCUCAAAAGCAUUGUCAUAAAUGGAGAAACAUCAGUGCCUAUUUAUACAGUUUUGGAGGUUUACAGAGGUUCAGAUAUGGAACUUGUGAGGGCGCUUACUAGUGCAGAAGAUGAAGUGAAUGUAGCGUGCUUCCAUCCUUUGGCUGGAGGAGGACUUGUCUAUGGCACCAAGGAGGGAAAGCUCAGGGUCCUGAAAUAUAAUGGUGCUCAUGGCGUCAGCUAUUCCGGACCAAAUUUUUUUCCAGAAGAAGACAUGGUUGAGGUAGAACUGUUUUCUAAGUUGUGGUAGAUUUGGACUUCUAAGCUCUGUUGACGCAAACACCUCAUUGAAACAACAUUUGCUUAUAUUAUCUUAAACCUCUAACUCCUUUAACUGAAUCUUAUUGUUUUCUUAGCCCCUCUAACUGAUCACGUGUAACAUUUAAUACACCCUGUUCUUAGAUGAACUUGGAUGUAACACUUAGAUGUCUUACAACUUCAGAUGAAAUGCAGGCAUAUCCGUGCUGUAUAUGCUUGAAUCCUUCAAGCCCUAUGCCCGUCCCAUUCCAAUUCCUGUUUUUAUUGCAUUGCCUCUACGUCUUUUCUACCCCGAUUAAGAAAGUUCCAAGGCCUGGGAAAAUAGACAUUAGACCAUUAAUGAAUAUAAUGAAGAGACAAAAGCUGAUUGUCUAGUAAUCAUUAUGAGGUUGUAAAAUGAUGCUCUGAGCUUGAGGUCCACUAGAAACUCGCGUUUAGCAAGUACAUUGUGAGGGAAUGUCAGUAUUCUACAAUUAUCUUAUACAAUUACCGAGCUAAGCGGUUGACUAAGAGAUGCAGGUAUGCUUAAAGUUAAAUUGGGGUAGGCCUUAGUUUCCAGAUGAUUUGACUAUCAUAUGGACAGAAUACAUGCAGUCAAUGCUGGGAAUUCUUUAUAUAACAUUGUGGAUUCCUCUUUGAACAAGUAGCUGAUAUUUCUCCAAUCGAAGUUGUUUUUAUUUUUCUAAGCUGUUUUUUCUUGGAGCUGGAGGUUUUUUGUUGUUAGCCCCCACCCAAAAUUUAUAAAAUGUCGAAGAAUUGUCCAUAUGUUGAUAAAAUGUUUUUUUUUUCAUUUGUUUGUAAAUGUCUAGAAUGAAAAAACGAACAAUCUUUGAAAUGAAUUGAGCCAGCAUCUAACUGGAUAGGCAGUGCACAGCCAAGUCUUAACUGAAUGAUUUAAGUUAAUUUUUUUGUUUGCAAGGACUGAU